GCAUUCUUAGGUGAAUUGGACCCUUGGAAGGAUGUUGUUGGGUCAAGGUUCUGGGCAUAGGGCAAGGUGCUCCCAUCUUUGCUCACACUAAGUUCGCCACUAGUGGAGUUCCCGCCAUGUCAUUUCUACCUCCAAAAUAAGUCAUCAGAGCUCGCUCGUCCACAUCUGGUCCAGGCAGGAGUACGAGGAAGUCUGCUUCUACACCCGUGAGCACAAACACGUCUGUAUGGGACAGUCUGUUCAGCUUCGUCAUUUAGGCCAGCCCAUUACAGGCAUUCCUGGAUCAGACUGAGACUGGGCCAACAUGGCGUCUAUGUUUCGAAGCGAGGAGAUGUGCUUAUCCCAAGUGUUUCUCCAAGUGGAGGCUGCAUAUUGCUGUGUGGCUGAGCUGGGAGAGCUUGGCUUGGUUCAAUUCAAAGACCUAAAUGCAAACGUGAACAUCUUCCAGCGGAAAUUUGUGAAUGAAGUCCGAAGGUGCGAGUCACUGGAGAGAAUCCUCCGUUUUCUGGAAGAUGAGAUGCAAAAUGAGAUUAUCAUCCAGGUGCCUGAGAAGGAUCCAGAGACCCCUGUCCCUCGGGAAAUGAUCUCCCUGGAGACUACUCUGGAGAAACUGGAAGGAGAGUUACAGGAAGCCAACCAGAACCAACAGGCUUUGAAGAAGAGCUUUCUGGAACUGACAGAACUCAAGUACCUCCUCAAGAAAACCCAGGACUUUUUUGAGACAGAAACCAAUUUAGCUGAAGAUUUCUUUGUUGAAGACACUUCAGGUCUCUUGGAGUUAAGAGCCAUACCUGCAUUCAUGGCUGGAAAGUUGGGGUUCAUGGCUGGUGUGAUAAACAGGGAGAGGAUGGCUUCCUUCGAGAGGCUGCUGUGGAGAGUCUGCCGGGGAAAUGUGUACUUGAAGUUUAGUGAAAUGGACACACUUCUGGAGGAUCCUGUGACGAAAGAAGAAAUGAAAAAGAAUAUAUUCAUCAUAUUUUAUCAAGGAGAACAGCUCAGGUUGAAAAUCAAGAAGAUCUGUGAUGGGUUUCGUGCUACCAUCUACCCCUGCCCAGAACCUGCAGCCGAGCGCAAGGAGAUGCUGGCCAAUGUCAACGUGAGGCUGGAAGACUUAGUCACUGUCAUUACCCAAACAGAGUCUCACCGACAGCGCCUGCUGCAGGAGGCAGCUGCCAACUGGCACUCCUGGGUCAUCAAAGUACAGAAGAUGAAGGCCGUCUACCACGUCCUGAACAUGUGCAACAUCGAUGUCACCCAGCAGUGCAUCAUCGCUGAGAUCUGGUUCCCGGUAGCGGACACCAGGUACAUCAAGAAGGCCCUGGAGCAAGGCAUGGAACUCAGUGGCUCCUCCAUGGUCCCCAUCAUGACAGAAGUGGAAACCAAAACAGACCCUCCCACCUUCAACAGGACCAAUAAAUUUACAGCUGGCUUCCAGAACAUUGUCGAUGCCUAUGGUGUAGGUAGCUACCGAGAGAUAAACCCAGCGCCCUACACGAUCAUCACCUUCCCCUUCCUCUUCGCUGUGAUGUUUGGAGACUGUGGCCACGGAACGGUGAUGCUAAUGGCAGCCCUGUGGAUGGUCCUGAAUGAGAGGCACUUGCUGGCUCAGAAAAGUACCAACGAGAUCUGGAACACCUUCUUCAACGGGCGCUACCUGAUCCUGCUCAUGGGCAUCUUCUCCAUCUACACCGGCUUGAUCUACAACGACUGCUUUUCCAAAUCUUUUAACAUCUUUGGCUCCUCCUGGAGCGUCCAGCCUAUGUUCAGAAACGGCACGUGGAAUGUUCAUGUCAUGGAGAAGAGUCCGUAUUUGCAGCUGGACCCGGCCAUCCCAGGGGUGUACUCUGGAAACCCCUAUCCAUUUGGGAUUGAUCCGAUUUGGAACCUGGCUUCAAACAAACUCACGUUUUUAAACUCCUAUAAGAUGAAGAUGUCCGUCAUCCUGGGGAUUACUCAAAUGCUUUUUGGUGUUAUUCUCAGCCUCUUCAAUCAUAUUUACUUCCGAAGACCCCUCAACAUCAUCCUGCAGUUCAUCCCCGAGAUGAUUUUUAUGCUGAGUCUGUUUGGAUACCUGGUUUUCAUGAUCAUUUUCAAGUGGUGUCGAUACGAUGCCCACACAUCCCAGAAGGCUCCCAGCAUCCUCAUCCACUUCAUCGGCAUGUUUCUCUUCGACUACGAUGAGUCCUCCAAUGUACCCCUCUACAGCCAUCAGCAAGAAGUCCAAACUUUCUUUGUCAUUAUAGCGUUGGUCUCUGUGCCAUGGAUGCUUCUGAUUAAGCCAUUUAUUCUCAGAGCCAAGCACCAGAAGUCUCAGCUGCACUCUUUCACAAUCCACGAGGACACCAUGGAUGACACGGAGGGUGGCCACUCGAGCGCCACUGUUAAGAAGACGGCGGGUGCCCACGGGACUAAGGGUGACCACGAGGAAGAGUUCAACUUUGGAGACAUCUUUGUGCACCAAGCCAUCCACACCAUUGAGUACUGCCUGGGCUGCAUCUCCAACACAGCCUCGUACCUUCGGCUCUGGGCCCUCAGCUUGGCUCAUGCAGAGCUGUCUGAAGUGCUCUGGACCAUGGUGAUGAGCAUCGGCCUUCGCCUUCGAGGCUGGGGAGGGCUCAUUGGGGUCUUCGUCAUUUUUGCCUUCUUCGCCAUCCUCACGGUAGCAAUCCUCCUCAUCAUGGAGGGCCUCUCGGCCUUUCUGCAUGCCCUCCGGCUGCACUGGGUGGAAUUUCAGAACAAGUUCUAUGAGGGGGCCGGCUCCAAGUUCUCUCCCUUCUCCUUUAAGCAUGUCCUGGAAGGGGCAGCCGAGGAGUAGGUGGGUCUGUGCCAGCUGAAGAGGUUCACACUUGUCUCUGAUGUCAGCCCAGGCCAGUGCCCCAUGCCACAGCCCCUCCUGGACACGAGAACUGUGAGACUGUGUGUGUGAGGCAUGGCAUUUGACAGGAUUUAACCACAUAACUGGGGGGGGGGCUACUUUGGCAAAUCAUUUGGACUUUAUGAUCAAAGACUAAACUAACUGGGAAACAGGAGUCAGGGGGAAGGGACACUAGGCCACUAUCUUCCUGCAAUAGUUUAUUUUUAUUUUACUUUAUAUUUGUUUUUGAGACAAAGUCUCAUUGUUAGCUCUGACUGUCCUGGAAAUCGCCAUGUAGCCAAGGAUGACCUUUACCUCUGGCUCCUACUGCCUCUACUUCCCGAAUGCUGAGACUCUGGGAGGGAGCCUCCACACCUGGAUCUCAUGCCACAUUUCAAGUGCUG